AUGAUGGCCGCCGAAAACUGCCAAUCGCCCAAGUCUACACCUGGCCCCUCCGAUGACAACGGCGCACCGACCGCGCCGGGCUCCGCAGCCAACGAGGGAGCCGACAUCACAGGACACCACGAUGACAGUACGGUCGGCGCUGCCUCCCUGGCGCCGGCGCCACUGAAGGCUGCCGGGACUGUAUCGGAGCGUCAACCGACCUUCAAAGACUUCCUCCGUGUUUUCUCAUAUGCCAAAAAAGUUGACUGGUUCCUGAUGGUGGCUGCCUGCGUAUCCUCCAUCGGCUCUGGCAUUACCCUUCCUCUUAUGAACGUCGUCUUUGGCAAGUUGGUCGGAAACUUUAGUACCUCUCCUCGUGACAGCUCCGACACCGAAUCCUUCCAAAGCGGUCUCAACAGACAGUCCCUAUACAUCUUCAUUUUGUUCCUGGCCCGGUUCAUUCUUAACUACAUCAACAAGUUUUCCUUUCGCAUGAUCAGUGCUCGCAUGUCAGCCGCCAUCCGCCUCGAUUAUCUCUGCUGCCUCUUCGGCCAGACCAUCCAUGUCCUGGACUCCAUGCCUUCUGGGGCCGCGGCGAACACCAUUACCACCACAGCCAAUACCCUGCAGCUAGGAAUUUCUGAGAACCUUGGCACAUUCAUUGAAUUCGCCGCCUGCAUUCUCGCAUCUAUAAUUGUCGCCUUUACGUACAGCUGGUUACUUACUCUAGUCAUUUCGUCCGUUCUGGUCUACAUCCUUGUCGUCGUCUCUAUUGUUUUGCCUUAUGUUGUCAAAUCCGAGGCUAGUUUGACACGGGCUGAAACGGUUGCCAAUUCCAUUGCCUCCGAAUCCUUUGGCAACAUCCGCAUGCUGAUGGCCUGUGGCGCCGAAGACAAGAUGGCCCGCAAGUAUGGCGAGUGGGUUCAAGUAGCCCGAAAACAUGGCCAACACAUGGCGCCCUUCUUAGCUUCCAUGUUUGGCAACGUCUUCUUCUCGCUGUACGGUGGCUUUGCAUUGGCCUUUUGGUUCGGUAUGAGGCUGUUCCGUGAGGGCCGCAUUCAAGACGUUGGCACUGUCAUUGUGGUUGUCAUGUCUGUAAUCACUACCAUUGUCUCCAUGGAGCGCGUCGCCACGCCGCUGAUUGCUGCGUCUAAAGCUAUGGUGGCAGCUGGGGAGUUUUUCGCAGUCAUCGACGCACCACGGCCCGUCUCCGGACGGCUUGCCGAACCCGACGUGUUUGCCACCGAGGACAUCGUUUUUUCGGACGUCGACUUUGCUUAUCCAGGCCGCCCGCACGUCAAAGUGCUUGAUGGCCUGAACAUUCGCAUUGCUGCAGGUAAAGUCAAUGCCAUUGUAGGGCCCUCUGGCUCUGGCAAGAGCACCAUUAUUGGUCUCAUUGAACGAUGGUAUAGUCUGCGGAAUGACCAACACAUUAUCGAAAAGGUGGCCCAAAAAGACAAGAAACAGGAGGCUGAAGAAAAAGAGCUCGAGAACCAGGUCAAAAAAGACGCCAAGAACAAAAAGAAACAACGAGAGGAAAAGUGCGAUGCGACUACGGAUACCAACAACAAGAGUGGCCGAUCGGUCGGAGAUGCCAAAACCGAACCCGUCGCCGCUGACCUUCCUCGAAUCGAGCUCAAAGGUUCCGUUUCCACUUGUGCACACAGCUUUGACGAGAUCGAUGUCAAGUGGUGGCGCUCACAAAUUGGCCUAGUGCAGCAGGAGCCCUUUCUAUUUAAUGACUCCAUUUUCAACAACGUGGCCUUUGGCCUGGUUGGGUCACCAUACGAAAAUGCAACUGAUGACGAGAAACGGGCGCUGGUUGAAGAAUCCUGCAAAGAAGCCUUCGCUGAUGAAUUUAUUAACCGCCUCCCAGAGCGUUACCAAACGCGGGUGGGCGAGUCGGGUGCCAAGCUGUCCGGAGGUCAGCGCCAGCGCAUAGCCAUCGCCCGGAGCAUCGUCAAAAAGCCGAAAAUUCUUAUUUUGGACGAGGCCACCUCAGCCAUUGAUGUGCGCAGCGAGCGCGUCGUCCAGGCCGCGCUCGACAAGGUGUCCCGCAACCGCACAACCAUCACCGUUGCUCACCGACUGUCGACCAUCAAAUCGGCAGACAAAAUUAUCGUGCUCCAAAAAGGCCAGUGUGUCGAGGAAGGCACACACGAGCAUCUCUUGGAAAAUCAAAACGGCGUUUAUCAUCGACUUGUGACUGCACAGCAGCUAUCGCUUGGUGACGAUAUUGCCACCACUAAGGAAAUCACCGUGAGCGACGGUGAUGACACAGGCGCAGUGGUUAAUGAUAAACCUGGCCAUGCGGGCGGUGAUGAAACUGCCGCAAGCGACACUUCAAACGACAUAGUGGACAGCGCUGACAAUGCGCCCACCGUCGGAGCAGUUGGACCCCUGGGUGCUGCGUGGAGAGACACAAACUUCUUUGGUAGCUUUGGCCGACUGCUCUACGAGCAGCGGUCUGGUUUUCCAUACUACGCUGCAUUGGUCUUAUUUGCUGGUGGCGCUGCUUCGGCAUCUCCGUUGCAAGCUUUUCUCUUCGCCAAGCUGGUUGUCAUUUUCGGCGAGCUUAACUUAAUCGCCGAUGGCAAUACAGGCCUCACUAUGGACCAGGUAAGCCACGACGGCAACUUCAACUCGCUCAUGUUCUUCGUGUUGGCUAUCGGGACCGGUGUUGCUUAUUUCGGACUUGGCUUUGUAUCUACAUUCGUGGAACACUUUAUUUGCGCUAUCUACAGAGAGCAGUACUUCGUUUCCAUCGUCCAGCAACGCAUCGCUUUCUUCGACGACGAAAAAAACGCAUCGGGCACCCUGACGAACCACGUUGGUGGUGAUCCAAAACAACUGCGACAGCUGCUUGGAGGUAACAUGUCCAUGGCUGCGACAUCCGUUUUCACCAUCGUGGGUUCACUUAUCAUCUCGUUCGUCUUCGGCUGGAAACUGGCCUUGCUUGCCUUUGCUGUUGUUGUCCCGCUGGUGCUUAUAUCUGGAUUCUAUCGCGUGCGGUAUGAGAUCGAGUUUGAAAGCAUGAAUGCCGCUGUGUUUGCGGAGAGCUCUAAGUGGGCGGCCGAAAGUAUUGAUGCCUUCCGAACUGUCACAGCACUUACCCUUGAGGAGGUGAUCUGCAAGCGGUAUGAGGUUCUACUUGCUGAGCAUGUAAACGACGCGUUCAAGAAGGCACGUUUCAAAACUCUCAUAUUCGCCUUGAGUAACUCUAAUCGAAUUCUCGGAAUACGGGAGACGAAGAGCAUCGACCAGGUGCCUCUGACAGAACGCCUACCGGAUACAGAUGCGGAAGACGACGCCCGCAUCGGAAACCGUGGUGCUUGCUUAGAGUUGCGAAAUGUUCACUUCCGUUACCCCACCCGCAACGUGCCCAUCUUCAGCGGACUCAACUUAACAAUAGAACGGGGAAAAUUCACGGCCAUUGUCGGCGCCUCGGGAUCUGGUAAAACGAGUAUUAUUGCCCUGCUCGAGCGUUUUUACGACGUGGAAAAGGGGGGCGUGUUUUGUAACGGACGGGAUAUCACGGAGGUCAACGUCCAGAUAUAUCGGAAGCUUUUGUCAUUAGUUGCCCAGGAGCCAGCCCUAUUCCAGGGCACAGUCCGGGAAAAUGUGCUGCUCGGCGUUGAAGAGAAUGCCGUAUCAGAAGCCGACAUAGUCCAGGCCUGCCGCGAUGCAUCUAUUCACGAUUUCAUCGUGUCUCUGCCAGAUGGAUACAACACGGACCUUGGUAGCAAAGCAAUCUCGCUAUCGGGCGGUCAAAAACAACGUGUGGCCAUUGCGCGUGCACUCUUGCGCAACCCCCGCGUGCUGUUGCUGGAUGAGGCAACGUCAUCUCUCGACUCGGACACCGAAAAGACGAUUCAGGCCACUUUUGAACGCAUUGCGCAGGGACGCACGACUGUCGCUGUGGCGCAUCGUUUGAGCACCAUCCAAAAGGCAGACGUUAUUUACGUCUUGGGUGAUGGUGAGGUGCUUGAGACGGGCAACCACUCUAGCCUUUUAAGCAAGCGCGGUGUGUAUUGGAGUAUGUGCCAAAGUCAAGCCCUUGAUAAAUAG